AUGACGGACGCGUACGUCCUGCGAUCGGCGUUCGCGGUGGGUGAUGACCCGCGAACGGGAAAUCCCGCCGCCGUGUGCGUGGUCCAUCGAAAUCGUCCGGGUGACGACGACGUCGAUGCUUUCGAUGAUUUCUUCAACGUGCACUCAGAGGCAUCGGUGCGGUACCAAGCCUUGGCCACCGAGCUCGAUCUGAGCGAGACCGCGUUUGCGAUUCGCGAGAAACCGCUCUCGAGUGACGAUAAUUCGAAUUCAAUGGCGGAAUAUCGCAUUCGAUGGUUCACGCCGACGCAAGAGAUUGGUUUGUGCGGGCACGCCUCCAUGGCGACGGCGUCGAGAGCGCUCGAGUUUGAGAGCGCAUCUCGACCAGGGAUCUCGUUUACGUAUCGAGAUGGCGAGAUAACGAUCGAACGAGACGCAAAUGAUCCUUCGCGGUUCAUCAUGGAGAUGGAUGCGAGCGCACCGAGGUCGUUUGAAGGCUCGGACGUGGCGUUGGCGACGAUACGAGACGCGUUCGAGUCCUCGAGCGCGUUCGCCUCGGACGAAGACGACAUCGAAUCGUCCUUGGCGAACACCGAGUUCACGGUGCGUAGGAAUUCUAUCGGUGAUACGUUUUUAGUGAUUCAGAGCUCGAGAUCAGACGACGCUUCCGCGUGCGACUCCGUCGCUCGGGCGUACCUUCGGCUUCCGAAACCGAGCCUCGAAAAUAUCGCCCUCGUCGGCGGUCGCGGCGUCUGCGUCGUCGUUCCUCGAACGCCCGCGGGUCUAGACAUUCCUCUAUCUGCUUCCGGCGCGCGUCCAGAGUAUUGCGUGCGCUGGUUCGGCCCUCUCGUCGGAAUCGAAGAGGACCCCGUCACCGGCUCUGCGUGCUGCGGCGUCGCCCCGCUGCUCGAUGAGAUCGCCCCCCCCCUCGAGCCCUCUCGAGACGGUUUCCGCUUCGGUUACCAGCAUUCACGACGCGGUGGUCACGUGUGGUGCGCCGUCACGCGAUCGUCCGGGCGCGAUCGCGUCCGAGUCGCCGGACGGUGCGUCUCGUCGACCCGGCGCGGAGUAUGA